UCCAUAUCGCUCGUUGACACUAUCUGUUCGAGUCAUUAGCGUCCGAGCGCUCGAACAGUACGGAGUACGCUUGGAGGGGGCUUUAAAAUUAAAUUGCUUUAGAUACUCGUAGAAAAUGUCUGCCAGCAAGUGGGAAUCUGACGAGGAGAUCCAGUUCUUCCGGGAGUAUCUGCGCAUACCCAGUGUUCAUCCCAAUCCAAACUACGAACCAUGUCUGGAGUUCCUUGACCGCCAGGCGAAGCAGUUGGAGCUGCCCAUGAAGGUGUACUAUCCAGCCGAUGAGCAGAACCCCGUGGUUGUCCUCACCUGGCAAGGUCUGCAGCCGGAACUUCCCAGCGUGCUGCUCAACUCCCAUAUGGAUGUGGUGCCCGUGUUCCCGGAGAACUGGACGCAUCCGCCUUUUGGGGCGGAGAUCGAUGAGGAGGGUCGCAUCUUUGCACGCGGCACACAGGACAUGAAGUGCGUGGGGAUGCAAUAUCUGGCAGCCAUUCGGGCUCUUAAGAGGAGUGGUGCGAGGUUCAGGCGAACCAUCCACAUCUCCUUUGUUGCUGAUGAAGAAAUGGGAGGCAAACUGGGAAUGCGUCCGUUCGUGCAUACCGACGAUUUCCGUGCCCUGAAUGUGGGCUUCGGAAUGGACGAGGGUCUGGCAUCGCCCACCGCGGAGUUUCCGGUAUUUUAUGCGGAGCGCAGUGUUUGGCGUGUUUACUUCCACAUCAGUGGAACGUCCGGCCACGGAUCUCUUCUGCUGUCCAAUACGGCGGGUGAAAAGUUGAACUACAUCGUGGGGAAGAUGAUGGCGUACCGCAAGGUGCAGGUUCAGAGACUGGAGAACAAUCCCGAGCUCUGCAUUGGCGAUGUGACGACCAUUAACCUGACCAAACUGGAGGGUGGAGUACAGAGCAAUGUGGUGCCUCCGCUGCUGAUGGUCUGCUUCGACUGCCGCCUGGCCCUCGACGUGGAUCACCAGGAGUUUGAGGCGACUCUCCAAAAAUGGUGUGCCGAGGCUGGUGGAGGCAUUGAGCUGACUUACGAGCAGAAGCAGCCUCGAGUGCUGCCCACACCGAUCGAUGCGAGCAACCACUUCUGGGUGGCUUUUAAAAAGGCCACGGAUAAUCUGGGACUCGCUAUCAAGCCACAAAUCUUCACUGGCGGCACUGAUAGUCGAUAUCUGCGCCAGGUGGGCAUUCCGGCACUGGGUUUCUCUCCGAUGAACAAUACGCCCGUGCUCCUACAUGAUCACGACGAAUUCCUGCAGGCGGAUACCUAUUUGAGGGGUGUCCAGAUAUAUCAGAAGAUCAUCAGCAACAUUGCGAAUGUGGGCUGUGUUUGUGUGUAGAUUAGUCGCUUGAAAGAGCAGAUAUAAUAAAAGUAUUGUAACCUUCUACGACAUCCCCUCA